CAAGAACACCCUAUUGAUCCCUUCCACGUAAAGCACUUCCUUAAUCCAAGAGCAUACCCUUCAAUCUAUAUGGCAAAUUCAUAAUUCUGUCUCCAUUUCUCCUAGAGAUAUUUGAACCCUAAAUCUCAAUCAGCCAACUAAAAUAACUUCUCUAACUGUCAUUUUUCUCCCUCCUACAAAAUACCCCAUGCAAGGGUCAAUAUCGUUUCCAACUCUACAUCGGUCCCGUGCCCUCUACAAGUCUUAAUCCUUCUACUUGUAUUUAAAAUUUCAGGUGUGGCUCUGCUAUUAGACCACGAAUAAGACAAGGAAAAGCAUAAUCUAGAGGAUGGACCAGGACGAGAACCAGCAGGUCAAAUACUCCAAACCAGCGGAUAUACUAGAUUUAUCUGUUGUAUCAUCUGCUGAUGAUUCCAGGGUGACCACUCAAAUCCAGAAGCAGAUAAAGCAAGGGGAAGCCAUGUGCGAAGAGGAGUGGAGAAUUCGAGGCGAGCUUGAAAGUGAAAUAGAAAGAGAUUUGGAAGAAGAGAUUAAAGAUGGAAUAUACCAUCUGGCAUUUAGAUUGCACCGCCUUUAUCAGCACAAAAGAGAAAGGAAUGCCGAUGGCAUAUCAGAAUCUGGGCAUAAACAAAAAGACAAAACACUUUCUGAGGUGAAUAUUUGUAUAAAAAUGGAGGGUGGAACCAAGAUAGAGAUAAAAGAGACAAAGAAAGAAGCUCCUAAUGAUGGAAAAGGUCAGCCUAUUCGACGCCGUAGUUCAAGAUCAAGAAAUGGUAAAGGCAUGCUUGGGUCUAAGUCCAAUGGUAAGAAGUUUGAUUGGGCUAAGAGUCUGAGAGCAGGGACUGACCCUGAAGCUAAGGUACCAUGCAAUGGACGGGGCUUCAGCAUGAAUCGUAACCUUGAAAACACGAGGAGAAAAUUGGUCAGUGCCACAGGCUCAGUGCUGAGAAAAGGAAAUAUUGGUGUAAAUAACAAGGUUCUUGAGCUGGGAUGGAAAUGGUAAAAUUCAUUUGGUUUUGUUAUGUCACAACUAAAUAAAACAUGGUUUGAGUCUGUUUAUUUGUUCAAGUACUGCAUGUGAGGUAAAUACUAAUCGUGUCAAUAAAUGUGGUGUGUGUGUAGUUUUUCAAAUGAUCUUUGUAAAAAUCAUUUUUUUCCUCACUCGCUGAUUUUAAUCUUUCUAUUCUAGUGGUCUAAGUUAUUUGUACUUGUAUGUAGAAAUGCUGAAAACGAGUGUGUUCUGUACAAAUGUAUUUAAUUUUUUUGGUUAAAUUAUUAUGG